AUGUAUCCAACAACAAAUCACUACAUGGAUCCAUACUCCUCAUACUACAGGCAUCAUUCUCCCUAUCCAUAUCACCCCCCUCCUGGCUGGGAAGCUGGGCACCAGCACAUGCCUGAACCGGACUGCUCGCCAUGUCGGCCACCAUAUCCAUAUGGCCCUUGGCCGUACAGUGGUACCAUGAAUCACUCAGGCCUUCCAGAGUCCCACUCCCAUAGCUGCUGCAGCCACACAUACCCUCCUGGUUACUACAGUUUCAGACCCCCAUUGCCCCAAGAACUUCCACCACCACCUCCUCUAUACUACCAUGGUCCAUUUCCACCGCAUCAUCAUCUGAACCCCUACUCGCCAUCAUACUUUGGCCCACUCCCACCAUGUCAUCCUGUCGAUCAAACACCAUAUAGUGGUUAUGACAAGUUCAAGAGCCAUUGCUGUGGGUGUCCGAACCAUGUGUGCCAUGGAGAUGGAGGGCAGAAGAGCAACGUGAAAAUCGAAGAACAUGUGCCUGAAGUGAAGGAUGACAGUAAACAGAAGGAUGCAGACAAUUCCAGAAUAAUUCGCAACCCAAACUACCAGUACCCGGUGAUGUGGCUACCGUCCGGUGACAUGAAAGACAACAAGGCUAAUGAUGGAAGAAGCUUAGAGUUUCCACCUCAGCUCUUCAGCAAGUGGUUUCCUCAGAGUGGAGAGAGGGCAGAGGAUGUCAAGCCAGCCGAUGACAGUCAGAAGGCGAAACAACUUCAGUGGCCAAUGGUUUGGAUGCCACCAGGAUAUGGCGUUGAGACCAAACCAGAAGCUAAAAAAGAGCUGAAGGAGAUCGAGCAGAGUCCAAAGAGCACGCAAGAAGAUCCACCUUCGCCUAAGAUCAAGAUCAUUCCCUUGUCAUGGUUUGGAAAUGAUAGUCAUGAUCAGAAGCCUGAUGCUAGGGAUGGCUCUGGAGAACAAAAUGGAAGACCAUCAGCGGAGAACCAGCCUGCAGGCACUGAGCAUCGGCAUGACAUGACAGUGGAUGGAAACUGUAAGACCAUCCCAGUUGUGCCGAAGAAACCAAACAUUGGGAAUGAACAUGCUAUUUCAGUUGUGCCGGAGAAACCAAAGAGUGGGAAUGAACCUGCUACUAUUUCCGUUGUGCCGGAGAAGCAGGAUGUUGAGAAGAAGGUUCGUACCUGCAGGACCAUCCCGGUUAUGCCUCAGAAAGAGAGUGAUGAGAAGAAAUCCUCCAUGGCUGGAAACAAAGAGGAAAAGAAGGCCAUCAUGGUUCAGAAGGAGGGAGAAAGUAAGAAAAGCAACAAUGUUGAAGCAUCAAAGGCUAAGCCUUCAAAACUACCCCCAGUAUGCUUGCGAGUGGAUCCUUUGCCAAAGAAGAAAUCAGGAAACACAUCUUCAAGGUCAUCCAACCCAGCAACGAGGAAGGUAUCUGAAAAAGACAAGGAUGUUAAAGAGGCCCAAGGCAAGAACCAGGAGACAAAGCAAUCAGAACAUCAGAAAGAGGGUAAGAUGUCGAUUAAAGAGAAAUCAUCUGAUGAUGUUGCCAAAAGUACAGGGCCUAGGAAUGUAACAAUGGUAGAUGCUUCAGUGAAGCACGCGCAAGAGGAACAAGUUUCCACAACUGUGACUGAUCAGAAGGCGCAACCUACCGUCAGUGCUGAAGCACAAGAAGAAAGUGUCAGUGCAAGUAGCUUGCAGGAGUGUGACAAAAACAGAAAGGAGGAUGAGUUGAAGAUCGGAGGUGAAGCUCCAAAUUUAGCCUGUGAAAUAAAGUUAUCAGAACCAGAUGCCUGUGAAAUAAAGUUAUCAGAACCAGAUGCCGCUGUUCGUAUUCAGUCUGCAUACAGAGGGUACCAUGUACGAAGAUGGCAGCCUUUGGAGAAACUACGGAAGAUCAAGAAUGUACAUAAACAGAUGCAAGAUGUGGAAAAGCAGCUGCAAGCCCUUGAAGCUUCUUCAAAGCAGCCGACAGAGAAAGAGCACAUCGCUAUGAAUGAGACCAUCAUGAGUUUACUUCUGAACCUUGACACCAUUCAGAACUUGCAUCCAGCUGUGAGGGAGGCUAGGAAGUCUGUCGCUCGACAGCUAGUUUGUUUGCAAGAGAAGCUCGAUUCUUUGUGCAAGAGAAGCUCGACAGCUAAGAGUGAGGAAGCAAGUCCCACAGGAGUGGAUGGAGAACAAUUGCCUUCUUCAGUUAACUCCAACGAGCCUGUGCACGAUGAAGUUUCAUCGGAAGUUGCCUUGAAGUUGAGUCAAGAUGGAGAUUCUACUGAACAGAAGCAUCAAAUGGAAGAACCAAGUACUACAAAAGAAGAAGCUCAAGAGGAAGGGAAAGCUGCAGCAGCUGGUGAAUGUCAAAGAGUACCACCGACAGAUGUGAUGCAUGAUGCAGCUUUGUCGGGACUUGUCACUGAGAAGAAGCACGAAAUGGAAGAGCCAGACAUAUUGAGGGAAGAAUGUACUGAAGAAGUGAAAGCCGCAGCGAAGAGUGAAGGAUCUGCGGAGCAAAACUGCCACCCUGAAGAAUCAGAUCAAGGCGUUUCUUUUACAACUGAGGAUGGUAAAACUGCAAUGACUAAAGCAUGUAUGGACAGUGCAGUUGAUGCUGCCAAUCAGGACGGUUCGGCAGAAGGAGGUCAGGUGCAGGAAUCUGCUCCCGUUGGUAUCUCGUGGCUGAAACAUGAUGCUGCCCCUGCUGAAGAUCAGUUCAAAGAACCAGGUGCUCCAUCCCUUCAUCUGGAGGAUUCUUCUGUGUCUUCAAAAGCUGCAGAUCCACAUGAAAAUGAUCCAGCCCUGGCAGAUGACUCCAUAGUAAUCAUCACUCCAGCAGACCAACAAGAAGAGUCCGUUGAUGCCGACUUGAAGAAAGAAGUUGCAGAGACCAUGGUUGAUUCAGACAAAGAACCAAAUGGAACGCCAACGCGUCCUGUUGGCGAUGCCGCUAACAUGGCCUACGUUCCCGGUGCAAAUGCAGAGACCACAAAGCAAGAAAAACUUGGUUUGGUAGGACCAGAAGCGACAAGACAAUGUGAGGUUUCUCACAUGGACGAUUCAGCACUUGUGGAGCAGCAAAAUGAAGGUGGCUCUGCCAUGGAAAAUACUAUGAAUGAUGAUGAAAUUGGAGAGGAGCCUGAAGCCAUAGCAUCGGAAAGCAGAGUCGAUGCCAUUGUAGAGGAGACUGAAGCUGUACCAUUGGGAAUCGAUGACAAGACCACUGAAAAUACUCUAAAUGGUGCCACUGGAGAGGAGGCGGAGAGCAGAGACAAAACCAUGGAAAAUACUCUGAAUGCUGUAAUUGGAGAGGAGCCUGAAGCUGUACCACUGGAAGUCCAAGGCAAGACCACUGAAAAUACUCUGGAUGAUGCAGUUGGAGUGGAGCCUGAAACUGUACCACUGGAAAGCAGAGUCGAGACCAUGGAAAACACACUGAACGAUGCAGGAUGUCCGAGUAAAACGAGUGCUGAACCUGCCCUGCCUGAAAGUACAAGCGACGGAGCAUCAUGUGAAGACGGCGGUGCCACGGUGUACGCCAAUCCUGACUCCAAGGUGUCUUCGGAGAGCCAUGGUGGUGAGCAAAAGGAGCAGGAUGAUGAUGGAGGUAAAGCAGAUGUUUCUGAAUCAACCGAGGGCGAUGCCACCGUGCCUGCCGAAACUCUAGCAACAGGAGCGAAUUCUGCAGCGCCUGUACCAGAAGCGGGCAAGCCGGAAGAAGGUGCUGAAGGAGCACCUCCAGAGGUAGAAGAAGCGGCCGAGGGCGGCGACGAUGAGAAGAACAAGGGCUUGGACGACGAGAACCAGAAGCUGAAGGAGAUGCUGCAGAAGCUCCUCGCCUCCGGCGACGACCAGAUGGGGGUCAUCGCGGAGCUGAGCGACAAGGUGAGGUCGCUGGAGAGGAAGCUCGCGGUGCACAAGAGGAGGAGGAGGCCCAAGGUGAGGGUGCAGCAACGUCCACUGAAGAAUGACCACGCUUGA